GAUUAGCAUAUAUAUAGAAACGUUCGUCAGGGCCCGUUGCUCGUACUGUGCGGAUUAAUAGUUGGCUUCAUCAUCUCUCAUCUGAUGAACACCGGCAACUAUUCUUUGAUUCGGCAACGCUAUCAGAUAAUUUCGCAUCCUCACGACUACAGGGACAUAGAACAUGCCCAGGGCCCGGAUCUGGACGAAAAGGAUCUACAUUUCCACGAGCACCACGAUGAUGAAAUGAACACAUCGGUGGCCAAGGAGUUGGAGAAAAAAGUGCGGGUGUUGUGCUGGGUGAUGACGAGUCCCAGCAACCACGAAACUAAGUGCAAGCAUGUGAAAGCCACGUGGGGGAAACGAUGCAACAAGCUCAUCUUUAUGAGUUCCCAAGACAAUGAAACAUUGCCGGCAAUAGGUUUGCCCGUCGGCGAAGGAAGGAAUAACUUAUGGGGAAAGACCAAACUAGCUUUCAAAUAUGUCUACGAAAAACAUAUUAACGAUUACGAUUGGUUUAUGAAAGCUGACGAUGAUACCUACGUCAUAGUGGAGAACUUGCGUUACAUGUUAGUAUCCAAUGAUCCAAAGAGUCCAAUUUACUUUGGACUACGCUUUAAACCGUUUACGAAACAAGGUUACAUGAGCGGAGGUGCCGGAUACGUCUUGAGCAAAGAGGCACUGAAAAGAUUCGUCGAACAAGGGCUGCCCAAUGAAAAGAUCUGCAAAAAGGAAGACACGGGAGCUGAAGACGUGGAAAUGGGCAUAUGUCUGGACAAACUGAACGUAACCGCCGGUGAUUCGAGGGACGUUGAUGGAAGUUAUAGGUUUUUCUCCUUUGGACCGGAGCAUCAUUUGACACAUAAAAAGGACGAAUUUUGGUACUGGUCUUAUAUAUAUUACGACGAGCCACCUGGUAUGGGAUGUUGUUCAGAUCAUGCUAUCAGUUUUCACUAUAUUACUCCCAAUCAGAUGUACACGUUGGAAUAUUUAAUUUACCAUUUGAGGCCUUACGGAGUGGAUCCAAUUAGUCGUCCAUUAAAUUUACGUAACUGAAAAAUGUACAUGUAUUUUUUU